AUGUCUCGUACACAUAUAAGUCCACUGAUUAAAGCUCAGGUAGAAAAAUUGACCGCUAACGGUGUUGAUAUUACUUCCGGACAUCGAUUAAUACGUACAUCUUCACCAAUAAUCAUUCCAAAAAAGCCGACUCUUUCGAACACAUCAUCCCAAAACUCUUCAUAUGGAUCUAUACCUGAUCAAAUGUCUUCAUUGGGUGAUACUCCAUUACAAUUACACCGAGAAUCAGAUAAUGCAUCAAAUACUUCAUUACCUACACUAUCAUCUACGUAUCAACAAUUAGAACAUUCAGCAGCACGAGAUCGUAUCGCAGUAAAAAAUAAACGACAACAACCAUCGAAAUAUAAAUUAAGUAUUCUAAAAGAAAAUAAUGAUGAUCAAGUUGAUUUAUUUUCAUCAAGAGUUGAUGAUGUACAAGAAAAUUUUCCAUUACAUACUGAAUCAAAAAUUCAAUCAAAAUCAGUUAUUGAUCUUUCUAAUUUGGGUAGAGCACGAGAUCAUUUACGUAAAUCUGUUUUUCUUCGAGAUCAUUCAGCUGAUAAUAUACCUUCACCAACAAUAUCGACUAUUCCAACAUAUGUUUCAUCUGUACAACGAUCGAUAAGUUUUAAACGUCCACAAGAAAUUAAUCAAACACCAUUUAUUAAUCGAUCAAUGUUUACAAUAAAAAAAGAUAAAGAACGAGAAGAAGAAAAUAAACAUGAAUCAAUAUUAAAAGAUAUCAAUGCAAAUAAUUCAUAUUCAACACCAUUAACCACAUAUUCAUCAUCUCAAGAACAUAUUUAUGAUAAUUCAAAUUUAUUUCAUCAUCAUAAAACAAAUAUUAUACCUGAUUCAUUACCAAAUGAAAAUGAAUCAUUAACAAAUAACAUUGCUAAGACAAGAGAACAGUCUAUACCAAGGAAAAAUCGUGUACGACCAUUUACUAUGUAUAUACCAACGAAUAAUGAUAAACAAACAAUAAAUGAAUUUGAAAGUGUUUUUAAUCAAAUAAAAAAAAAUGGUUUAAUUAAAAAGCUUCAAAGUAAAGAAGAAACAGCACCAAUAUCACCUCCCAAAGAAUCAGUACAACCACCUUCACCAUCUAUUCUUAUCGAUGAAACAUCUACAAAUUUAUCAAUUGAACAUGAACCAAUAGUUCCAGCUGUUGUUGUUCCAACGAAUAAAAUAGUCGAAACAUCUUAUGCAUUUCAACCACUAAAUCGACGAAAAACAGUUGGCGGUAGCAAUUUACCAACGAAUAAUAAAGUCAUUACGGAUGAUAAUAACUCAAAACCAUCAUGGAUUGAUAUUGCUAAACAAAAACAAAACAAAGUUAGAGCUGUAUUGAGUGAUAAAAGUCAUAAUGAAGAAUCUGAACAACAACAAACAACACCUAUUGAACCAGAAAUAGUACCUAAAAAACAAGUUAUAAUGUCAUCUAAUCCAACAGCAACAGUCAACGAAAUUACUUCUGAUGAUACACCAACUUUUAAUCCUGCCAUUGUACGACGAUUAUCAUCACGAAUACCACAAACAAAUACACAUGUAGUCGAACGAGAUUCUAUACGAGCAUUAAAAGCUAGCAAUCCAAAUCGUAUAAAUAAUUUAAUUCAUCUUUUUGACAAAUAA